AGUGUAGUUUUUACGGUCAUGCUUCUCUGUAGUAAGACUCUUACUACGUGAAGUGCCCGAGAUGGCAUUACGAGUGUAGGAUUAUGUAGUGGUAACUAUGUUUAGCUAAUUUAUUCGGUAUUGUACUUUUCAUGGAAACAAUGGAGUGGGAUUUCAAACCUCCACCAGAAGCUCCAGUUUUUGAGCCUACAGUAGAAGAAUUUAAGGACCCUCUUGCUUAUAUAGCAAAAAUAAAGUCUAUCGCUGAAAAAGCAGGAAUCUGCAAAAUAAAGCCACCACCGGAAUGGCAGCCACCAUUUACAGUAGAUGUGGACAAUUUCAAGUUUACUCCACGUGUCCAAAGAUUAAAUGAACUUGAAGCUACUACGAGGAUAAAGUUAAAUUUUCUGGAUCAGAUUGCAAAGUUUUGGGAAUUACAGGGCUCUUCACUGAAAAUUCCAAAUGUAGAAAGGAAACUUUUAGACCUGUAUCUACUGCAUCAUCAUGUCCAUCAUGAAGGUGGAAUGGAUGUUGUAACCAGGGAGAGAAAAUGGUCUAAAGUGGCUUUUCGCAUGGGGUACCCACCAGGAAAGAGCAUUGGCUCUCUUUUACGGCACCAUUACGAGCGUAUUCUUUACCCUUACGACGUGUUUAAAAGUGGAGCGAGUGUUGGUAAAAUAAGUUUUGAAGAUUCGAGGGAGAAGGACAAAAAAGAUACAGAUUACAUUCCUCAUGGGAUUCCUUCACGUCAGGCAAUCAAACCUCCUCCUGAACAAGUUGCUCGACGGUCUAAACGGCAUACAAAGGGGACCAUGCCUUGUUCAGAGAAUGCAGGUGAUUUAGACUACUCCACAAACAAUGAGUUAAGGAAACUGCAGUUUUAUGGUGCAGGACCAAAGAUGCCAGGUUACAAUCCAUCUGAAGGUAGAGAACAUGGAUUUUCACUAAAGUUCUUGGCAUCUCAGUACAAGCUUGGAAAGUUAAAAGGAAAUAUUAAUCCUAUUGAUCUAAUUGUGUGUCAUGUAUGUGGACGAGGAGAUGCCGAAGCCAAUAUGUUACUGUGUGAUGGAUGUGAUGACAGCUACCAUAAUUUCUGUCUUGUUCCACCUUUGCAUGAAAUACCUAAAGGAGACUGGAGGUGCCCACGCUGUGUUGCAGAGGAGGUGCAGAAGCCCCAAGAAGCAUUUGGGUUUGAGCAAGCUAAGAAAGAGUACACCCUUCAGGAGUUUGGAGAAAUGGCUGACCAGUUCAAGUCAGAUUACUUUAAUAUGCCACCUCAUUUGGUUCCUACUUCAUUGGUUGAGAAAGAGUUUUGGCGAUUAGUUAGAGCAGUAAAUGAAGAUGUGUGUGUUGAAUAUGGUGCUGAUAUUCAUACUAUGGAGCAUGGUUCUGGAUUUCCUACAAAAACAAACAAAUGUGCUUUACCAGGAGAAGAGGAAUAUAUUAAUUCUGGCUGGAACCUCAACAACCUUCCCAUCCUAGAAAACUCUGUUUUGAAACACAUUAAUGCUGAUAUCAAUGGAAUGAAGAUUCCGUGGGUCUAUGUGGGGAUGUGUUUUUCUACUUUCUGUUGGCACAAUGAGGAUCAUUGGAGCUAUUCGAUCAACUACCUUCAUUGGGGAGAACCGAAGACGUGGUACGGUGUACCAGGAGAUAAAGCUGAAGAUUUUGAAAGUGCUAUGAAAAGUGCUGCUCCUGAACUCUUUGAAACUCAGCCAGAUCUACUUCACCAACUUGUUACUAUCAUGAACCCAAAUAUUCUCAUGUCUUCAAAGGUUCCUAUUUAUAGGAUGGAUCAGCAAGCUGGGGAGUUCAUGCUUACAUUUCCACGCUCCUAUCAUGCUGGAUUUAAUCAAGGCUAUAAUUUUGCAGAAGCUGUAAAUUUUUGUCCAGCUGACUGGCUGUCGAUUGGACGUGAGUGUAUCUCCCAUUACAGUCUCCUGCAUCGUUUUUGUGUGUUUUCUCAUGAUGAACUAAUUUGCAAGAUGGCAGCAGAUCCUGACAGUUUAGAAAUAAGUAUUGCUACUGCCACAUUCCAGGAUAUGAAGGAGAUGGUAGAAAGUGAGAAGGAGUUAAGAAAGUGUCUUCUUGAAUGGGGUGUGACUGAAGCAGAUCGUGAGGCAUUUGAACUUCUAGCAGAUGAUGAACGUCAAUGUGAUUUCUGUAAAACCACAUGUUUCCUCUCUGCUGUUACCUGUUCAUGUGAUAGCAGUAAACUAGUCUGUAUCAAUCACAAAGAAAAAUUGUGCUCCUGUCCACCAAGCAAACACUGUUUAAGGUAUCGUUAUACUCUUGAUGAGCUACGAAUAAUGCUACAACGUUUGAAAGUAAGAGCCGAGUCAUUCGAAAACUGGAAUGUCAAAGUGAAAAAUGCAUUACAUGCUCCUGAGAAUGAAAAACUUGAUAUUACGGAAUUAAAAGAGUUGGUCCAAGAAGCAGAAGCUAACAAAUUUCCAAAAAUGGAACUGCUAGACGCAUUAGAAGAUGUCGUUCAAGAUGCUGAGAAAUUUUCCACUCUUGCCCAGCAACUUCUUAGUAGAAAAGUCAGAACAAGAAACAGGCAGUCAUUAGAGAGCAAGUAUGGAUCACGACUUACAGUAGAAGAACUUCAGUUGUUUUAUGAACAGAUACAGAAACUUCCAUGUGGAAUCAAAGAAGGAAUUCUGAUUAAGGAUAUGGUGGAACAGGUGAUUCAGUUUGAAAAAGAAGCCAAAGAGCUUUUAGACCAAGAAAUGCCAGAUUUCAAGAAACUAGAAAGAGCUUUGGAUAAUGGCUUAGUUUUAGAUGUAGAUCUUCCUCAGGUGCUACAGCUUAAACAUAAACUUGUGCAAACACGCUGGCUGGAAGAGAUGAAAUCCUCUCUAGCUGACCCAAUGGAAGUAACACUAGACAUUCUGAGGAAACUUUUAGAUUCUGGAGUGAACCUUCCUCCUCAUCCGAGUGUGGAGAAAGCUAUGGCUCAGCUUCAAGAACUACUGACUGUUGGAGAACGGUGGGAAGAAAAAGCCAAAGUUUGUCUUCAGGCUAAGCCACAGCAAGGAUUACAAGUGUUAGAGGUCAUGGUGAAUGAAGCCUGUAGCAUUCCUCUCUACCUUCCCAAUGUUCUUACUCUCAGAGAUGUUGUUAAAAAGGCAAAGGAUUGGGUUGCAGAUGUGGAAAGUUUGCAGAAUGCAAAUCAGUAUCCUUAUGUUGAAGAAUUUGAAAGUUUAGUAGCAAAAGCUCGACCUCUUCCUGUUCAUCUAGAAUUGCUCCCACAGUUGGAGUCUCAGGUGGCUGCAGCCAAAGCUCUCCGAGAAAGAACUGCUCGUACCUUUUUGAAGAAAAACUCUGUAUUUACACUUCUUGAGGUCUUGUCACCCAGGAAUGAUGUGGGCUCACACUUUCUCCAUAAGAAUAAAAAAAAGAAAACCAAAGAAGGAAGUAGUGAACGUGAUAAAGAGGAAUCAUACUUGUUUGAUACAAAGUUAGAGAGUAGCAAAGAUCCUGCUGAAAUUGUUGCUGCAUUUAAGUUGGCUGAACAAAAAGAGCUCAAAGCAAUGAGAGAGCUGCGGAACAAAAAUAUCAAGAAACGAGUCGAGGAUACUGGUGACACUCGUUACUGCGUAUGUCAGAGACCCUUGACCAAUUACAUGCUUCAAUGUGAACUAUGCAAGGACUGGUUUCAUACCACUUGUGUCCCUCUACCUAAAUCAGUGCAUACAAAGAAACAGCAGAACUUCUCAUCAGCAGCAGUAGUUAAUGUUGCACGAGACUUCAAGUUCCUAUGUCCCAUGUGUCUUCGGUCACGGAGGCCAAGGUUAGAAACAAUCCUCUCACUUGUAAUGUCAUUGCAGAAGCUACCAGUCAAGCUGACUGAAGGAGUAGCUCUGCAGUGUCUCACAGAAAGAGCAAUGUCUUGGCAGGAUUGUGCAAGACAUGCUCUUGCCACUGAAGAACUGGCUGCAGCUCUUGCUAAGCUGUCAGUGUUGUCUCAAAAGAUGGUUGAGCAGGCAGCACGAGAAAAGACGGAAAAGAUCAUUAGUUCCGAAUUGAUCCGAGCUGCAAGUAAACCCGAGUUGCAUUCCCGCUUGAGUAGUGUUGUUCAUUCAGCAUUUGGUGGAACAUCCAUUUUAAGUAGCAACAAACUUGGCAGUGAACAAGCAGCAAGUAACGAAACAAAGUUUAAACUUGAAGAACCUGUCUCGACACCUCCAGGAGCCAUGCUGUCAUCAACUAUAGAAGAAGUUUUGUCUGUUGUAACUGACCAAAAUGAACCUGUUAGUGGUAUGGAAAUUCAGGUACCAACAGCAUGUACCCAGCAAUAUGAAAAAUCAGGCAACAAGCCUCAAGAAGAUACUGCAUCACCUUACAACAAUUUAGAACAUGCUUAUUCUUCUGCAUCUAAAGGAUCCACAAGUUCGACACCUCGUAAACAUGCCCGAAAGUCCCCAUUAGUGCCACGUCAACUAGAAGUUCCUGUUUUAGAACUGUCUGAGGGAGCAAAAUUGCAAAUGGAACAGUUGAUGAUGGAGGGAGACUUGCUAGAGGUAUCUCUAGAUGAAACACAGCACAUUUGGAGAAUACUUCAAGCCACCAAACCAGCUCGUGAUCCUAUGACUCUUGGCUUCUUCCCAGAUGAUGAGAACUUUGAAUCAGAAGCACAUGGAAAGCCUGAAAAAGAGAAAAAAAUCAAGAAACGAAAACUGGAAGAUGGAAGGGCUGUGGAAAAAUCAAAAGUUAAAGACAAAUUGGUUAAACCAAAGCUACUGAAUUCAGCUGGCUCAUCUACUGAGAUUUGUAAGCCUAAGAAAAAGAAACUAAAAAUAAACAAAGAUGGUAAGCCGUUAUCUAGUGGAACAGCAAUGAUGAGCAGCAAUGAUAAGGGAAACUUAAGCAGCAGUAGUAGUACAAGUAGCAGCAGUAACAAGAGCUUUGGAUCUCCUAGACGGUUAAAACCAUUCUCAAAAAAACCACUAAAAGUGAAGAUUGAAGCUAGGGAAAGAAAAGAAUCUUUGCUCACCAUCCCUAAGAAAGAUGAAGACAAAUCCAGCAAAGUAGAGAAAACAAAACCUAAGCUAUUAAAGAAAAAACAAAAUAGAAAACCCUUGAGAAAAGAAGGUCCUCAGGUCAGAUUAGCAAUGGGAAAAGGAGUUAAAACUGAAAACAAAGCCAAAGAUCAAGACUCACCAUCUGAAGAGGAUGAAGACCUCUGUUCAGCCACUAAAUGUUUGAAACCAACAGGUGAAGCUGUAAACUGGGUGCAGUGUGAUGGGGGCUGUGAGGAAUGGUUUCAUCUAUACUGUAUGGGGUUAGAAUUGAAGGAUGUCAGUGAGACAGAGGACUACAUCUGUCCUGGCUGUAUCGAGAUGUCUGCUAGAGAAGCAAUGGUAGUGUCUCCCAUUGCCAUAAAGGUAGAAGUGUCAGACAAUGAAUGUACGAGUCAGUGUACAGACUUACUGUCACUUGAAAGGCAAAGUCCAGAAGAGUCUAUGAACAGAAUAGAAAGCAAGGAUGGUAAAGAGCACAGUGUAACAGCUCACGAGAAUGAAGUAUCUACUCGGGACAAUGUGUCAGAUCUCUCAUCCAGUGUUGUACCUGGACAAGAAUUUCCAUCAACACAGCAGCUACCACCAUCAUUGUUUGCUGAUGGAUAGAAAUGUUACUGUACUUAAGUGUCUGUUGUUUUUUUUGUAAUGAUUGGAUAAGUAGAACUUCUGUAACAUCAAACAUUAAGUCUGUUUUGUGCGUGUGUGUCUGAAAGAUAUCAUCAUGGGAAAAGCAGACCCAAUAGUCAAGUCCUGUAUAUUUUGUCUAACUCUUCAUUGCCGUUACCACUUAUAUAUUUACCAAGGGAUUAUUCUGGUAUUCAAUAAGUUGUACCUUUUACAGUUUAAUGUUUUUUUUUUUCUUUUUCUUCAAGAAUGUUAAGUAUUUUCUUUACCAAUUGAAUGCAAGGUAGUGUGUCCUAAUGAAAGUAUUUGUUUUGAGUUACAUUUACAAACUUACAGUCAAAAUUUACAAGUUUAACUGACCUUAAAGAUUUUAAAUGGUUUACUAAUCUAUGGUUUCACACAGUUUAGUAGCAGUUUUGGUAAUCAUUAAUAUUUAUUCUUUCUCAAUAUGUAACAUACUUGCGUCUCGGAAGCAGAUUGUACCAUUUAGUAGUUUAUUAUUUAGAUUUAGACUUGUUUUCCAAGAUUUACUCUCUGCUAACAAAUGCUAUAUUUAAAUAUCUCAUGAGUCACUUUUUUGCUGGUGUCAGGAAAGAAGUUUGUGGUGUACCCUGUAUGUUGUUUUUCCCUAGUGGCAGUAAUGUACAUUGUUUUAUUUAUGCAGUUAAUUUAGAUCAUGAUUGCACUGACUUAUCAGUUUUGUGACAUCAAAAAUGAGCAGAUUUAUAGGUGCAUUAUGAUGGAGAUUUAUAUUCUGGUUUGUAGAAGUGGUGUGUGUUUUAUUGUUCCAAGUCAUUGCUUAAUUUGAUCUCAUUAGCUUCUUAAGCACAUAUUAAAACUAUGCCAGUUGGAGAUAGUUUUAUAUAAAUGUAUGCAUUAUUUCCCAAUCAUUUUCGACCCUGAUACACAUUUCAUAGCUUUAAAUUUAUAAAGGAAUACAAAACAAAAUGAAAAAAUGGAAGUUCUUUGUCUUGUUGUACAUCAAAUUGUCAACUUGCUUUUUAAGACAAGUUUGGAGCCACAUAAUAAGAAUUGGAAAAAAAAAACAGAAUUGUUUCUCUGAUGGUAUCAUAUGCCGAGAUUCCAUUGGCCUUGUGGUAGUACUAUUGUGAAACAUUGAAAACAUGUUGUUCAUUGAAGCAUAUUUUAAAGAUAAAUUAGGGUUAAAAACAAAUUUAUAUGGUGGAAACAUAUAUACAUGAAUCUUCCUGAACUCAGAAGACACUUCUUGGUCAUUUUCUUUAUAUGAUGUGGUUGUGGUGGUGCUGGUGGUGGGAGUCAAAAUGGAUUAUUUAUGUGAUUAAGAUCACUUUUAAGCAAAAAUACUUGGAUUAUAUUAGUGUUUAUAUUUUUUUUUUUUCAAACUUAGGGCUGCAAAUCCAGUGUCUGUGUCAUGCAUUUUGUAUAUUCUCAUCCUCUCAAACCACUGCAGUCAACUUUUGCUUGGUUAUUAGCGUAUGUGGACUUACUUUGUAGAUACAUUUUCCUGACACUUGUGCACUGUGCUAGUGUAUGGUCUUGACACCAUAUAUCUAUUGGUGAAAAGAUGUUGAUUACUGCUAAUUUUAGGGUUAGCACAAUUGCCUUUUAUCAUGUUUUCAUCUAACUGGUAAUUGGUUUCCUCAUAAUUAUUUCAUUGUAGACGUAAAUUAUGCAGAGACGAUAGCCACUUCCUUUCAUGUGACAUGAUUGGAGAAAUAAACAUUUCCUUUAUUUCA